AUGCCAGAAACCGAGUUAAAUGACUGCCCUGUGUGCGGUAAAUCCAACAGCCUCGAUGAUAUGGUGCUGUGCUCAGGAUGUGCGAAUUGGUAUCACUUUGGCUGUGUGGGUGUUGAUGGAAACGUCCGGAAGAUUCGGAAAUGGAAAUGUGGUGUUUGUCGGAAAACGACACACCCGAUUCCUCCCAAACCGUCAAUACCAGUUACGGAAAUCGUGAGUUCUGGAAUAGUUAUGCCACCAGGUACGGUAGUGAUGACCGCUGCUCCGACGACUGUGGAGGGAAGCGGAAUAAUUUCUCUACCUGCAUCAAAUGAGGAUGCCGGAACAAUAAUAUCCCCUACAAUGAUGGAGAUAGCAACGGAACUCAUGAUUGCAGCAGGAUUUGCUUCUCCUGUCUCGGUUACCGCGACUGGUGCAGCGGUAGAAAUCAGUCCAGUCAGUUCGUGUUCAGGGCAAUUGUCCAAUGCAUUUGGGGAUAGGCUUCGCUGGCUUCAGCAGCAACGUGCCGUAUUAGAAAAGGAGAUGUACGAGCAACAUAAACUGGAGCUGGAGCGGAAGAGGUGUGUGUUGGAGAAAGCGUUUUUGAAAGCUGAAAACAAAAUAGUGGCAGACGAGGAAACAGAGAUGCGGUCAAUGACGACAAGCGUUCGUCAGUCAGGUAUCGGGAGAGUUGAAGAUUGGAUGAAACGGGUUGAUGUUGGAUUCUCUAACCUGUCGUUCACACACCCAAAUGUGACGUCAGUGGUUAUGUCAUCAGCAAUGCCCACAUACAAUCGUAAUUCAACACCAACAACCACAGCUGUACUGAAUGGAAUGUUCGAGCUGAUGCAACCGAACUCGAACGUUGAAGCAACCGGUUUUCAAAUAAGCGGAUCAUCAUCAACGAGUUUCCCGGCAGCCGCGUGCGCCGUUCCACUCCAGCCGAAGAAUCAACAAACUUACACAUCGGCAGCAGCAUUGUUUUCAGGGAUGGCAAUAGACCACUAUCAGCAGCAAGGUGCAAUUCCGAAUAUUUUCGGAAUGAAUUUGGAUUCCAACGUGUUAUCCUCGGCAACGGUCUCGGCUCAGCCGACGUCGGCAUUUCUUGGAUGCAGCACAGUUCCAGCAAUGACACAGCCAUUGAUGUUUCCUGGAGUUACGGCUGGUACGGCUGAUGUGACAUGGACUACUUCAACGAUGCCAUCGUCCACGUCAUGUUUUCCGGGCAUAAGUUUAGGAAGCAAGGUGAUGCCAUCGGUAACGUUCCCUACCAUACCGGCCUAUUCGACAGCGGUAUAUCCGGGACGUAGUGUAGUUCCACAGCCGUUGAUAUUCCCAGCUACUACGUCUGGUGUGGCAUGGACAAACCCAACGAUGCCAUUGCCGACACCGGGUUUUCAGACAACAAACGUGAGUCAGCAGCCGUCUUACAACGGUCGUUCGGUUCUGACUGGUGGACUCACCCAGCAGCAGAUGCUGGCGCGGCAGGUAAUGCCGAAGGAGCUGCCUAUAUUCAGAGGCGACCCGGAAAGUUGGCCUCUUUUCUACAGUUCCUUUGUCAAUAGUACGUCGGAGUGUGGAUAUUCGGACGCCGAAAACCUAGCGAGACUGCAACGAGCGCUACAGGGUAAGGCACACGAAGCAGUGAAGGGUCGAUUACUUCUCCCGGCAUGCGUCUCUCAGGUUAUGUCCACCCUUUAUCUCCUCUUUGGGCGUCCGGAACUUAUUAUUCACACAUUGCUGAAUAAAGUUCGAGAUGUACCGGCGCCGAAAGCCGACCGUUUGGAGACACUCAUCGCAUUCGGGGUGGCAGUGCAGAAUCUCUGUGACCACCUGGAAGCUGCCGGGCAAAUGGCACACAUGUGCAAUCCAGUUUUGCUUCAAGAGUUGGUGGAGAAGAUCCCAGCUCAACUACGGCUAGACUGGGCAUUGUUCAAGCGACAGUUCCCAGCCGUAGAUCUCCGUACGUUCUCGGCGUACAUGUCCAACCUCGUCUUCGCCGCUUCAGACGUAACUGUGAUGGCUGAAGCAAAGUCGGCUCGACCUGGCAGAGCUGAGAAAUCUAGGGAGAAGAUCUAUCUCAAUGCACAUUCCGAGGAUGGCCUGACUCAACGGGAUGAAAGUAGCAAACCGGUAUCGCCGACGGCAAUAUUGUGUUUGGUGUGUAAAAAUCCAAAUCACAGGGUGAAGGAAUGUCCUGUUUAUACGAAGAUGGAUCCGGACUGCCGUUGGAAAGUCGCGCAAGAUAACCAUCUUUGUCGGACGUGCUUGGGUAAACAUGGCAGAAGACCAUGUAAAUCGCAGGCUCAAUGCAAAGUGGAUGGCUGCUUACAACGUCACCAUUCCCUCUUACAUGCAGUAUUCCACAAGCGGGACCUACCAACUAAGGUAGUCGACAAGGCAAAAGCGACAGAUCCAUCAAAGGAUCGUGUGAACGCGCAUCACAACUUGAAGCAGUCGGUGAUAUUUAAGAUCAUGCCGGUCCGGUUGUCGUGGAAGGGAAAGUCGGUGGAAACCUUUGCGUUCUUGGACGAGGGGUCAUCUCUGACGUUGAUGGAGCAGUCGAUCGCGAAGCAACUCGGUAUAGAUGAUAGUGAAGAGCUUCCACUGUGCCUAAGCUGGACCGGAAACGUCACACGACGAGAGCCGAAAUCCCAACGAGUUUGUGUCGAAGUUCGUGGCGUUGACUCUAACCAACAGUACCAGUUGACCGAUACACGCACGGUGGCGAGUCUGAACCUACCGAAGCAAACACUGCUGUACAAUGAACUAACGCGGCAGUAUACUCAUCUGCAAGGCCUCCCGAUUCGUAGCUACAAAUGUGUUUCACCGGGAAUACUCAUCGGGUUCAAUAACGCUGGUCUAAUUUCAGCUUUAAAGGUAAAGGAGGGUAAGCUAGGCGAUCCAGUUGCUGCUAAGACAAGGUUAGGUUGGACGAUUUUUGGAACGGCAACCGAAGGCAACGAUUCAGACAACUUCAGCUUCCACAUUUGUGAGUGCUCUCGAGAUCACGAGCUUCACGAACUGGUGAAACAAUACUUCAGUGUGGAGAGUGUCGGAGUUUCAGUCGAUGUCGGGCCCGAGUCGGAUGAAGACAAACGCGCACGAGACAUCCUCGAGAAGACAACAAGGCGCGUAGGCGAUCGGUACGAGACGGGCCUAUUGUGGAAGUAUGACCACAUUGAAUUCCCAGAAAGCCUGGGAAUGGCUAAGCGACGCCUGGAAUGCUUCGAAAAACGGAUGCGAGCGGACCUGGUUCUAAAAGAGAGUGUGCAGCGGCAAAUUAAAGAAUACCUGGAAAACGGCUAUAUUCAUCGUGCGACAGCGGAAGAGCUGAGUCCGUCGGAACCCGGACGAGUCUGGUAUUUACCGCUGGGAGCUGUUCGAAAUCCAAAGAAACCAGGAAAAAUCCGACUCGUGUGGGACGCUGCUGCGAUGGUGAGAGGAAUCUCGUUCAAUAGCAUGCUACUGAAAGGCCCCGAUCUGCUUACACCUCUACUGACGGUUUUCUUCGGGUUUCGAGAGCAAAAGAUAGCGAUAUGUGGUGACAUAAAACAUAUGUUUCACCAAUUCCGCAUUCAGUCCAGGGAUGCUCAAAGUCAACGAUUCCUCUAUCGUGCGAACCCAUCUCUUCCUGUGCAGGUGUACAUCAUGGAUGCAGGAACCUUCGGUUCGACCUGUUCACCGAGUCAGGCACAAUACAUAAAGAACCGCAACGCUAAGGAACACCAGAAGACCUUUCCCAGGGCAGCCGAUGCGAUCGUGUCCAAACACUAUGUCGACGACUACUUGGACAGUUUCGACAGCGAAGAAGAGGCCAUAGAGGUAGCCAGAGAGGUAGCAGAAGUUCAUUCCAAAGGAGGAUUUCUAAUCAGAAACUGGCUAUCUAGCUCACCAGCAGUCCUUCGACGGAUCGGGGGUCCGGAUGACAAAGCGGCAAAGGCUAUCAACGUGAACAGAGAGACCGAAACCGAGCGUGUGCUGGGGAUGUGUUGGCGGCCGCGCGAGGAUCAGUUUACGUUUGCUUUGGAAAUGAGCUUGUGGAGCGUACGGCCGACAAAACGGAACAUACUGAAAACCGUGAUGAGCGUGUUCGAUCUUCCAGGCCUACUUUCUCAUUUUCUGGUACACGGUAGGAUAAUUGUGCAAGAAACCUGGCGCAUUCGAAUCGGCUGGGACGAAGAGAUCGUUGGUGAUAUUUACAAUGCAAGUGAGGAUGCAUACGCAGCUGUCGCCUAUCUUCGAGCAGAGAUAGAAGGAAGGUUCUACUGCGCAUUGGUGAUGUCUAAAGCAAAGGUGGCUCCACUGAAGGCACUGUCAAUACCUCGAUUGGAGUUGCAGGGUGCGCUGUUGGGUGCUAGACUGAGUAAGGUGACUAGCAAGUCACACAAUUUGCCCAUUGUUCGACGAGUGCUAUGGACCGAUGCAGACGUCGUUCUCAGUUGGAUCGGAUCAGACCAUCGGCGCUAUCGACAGUUUGUUGCGUGCAGAGUGGGGGAAAUCUUGGCGAUGACCAACAUCGAAGAUUGGAGAUGGGUCCCAUCAAAGUACAAUAUAGCGGAUGAAGCAACCAAGUGGGGGAAAGGUCCUUGCUUUAGUCCCGGUUCAAGAUGGUUCCGUGGUCCUGAAUUUUUAUACGAAUCGGAAUCGGAGUGGCCGAAGAAACGCGCACGGGACCUGAAGGAAACAACAGAAGAAUUACGUCCCUGUAUGGUUCUUCGAGAGUACGUUAUGGAAGAACUCAUCGAUUUCACAAGGUUCUCCAAAUGGGAACGCUUGUUGAGAGCAGUCGCAUAUGUUCGUCGUUUCGUAACGAAUUGCCGUCACCGUGUGGAAAGGCAACAGAUGCUGCACUUGACACAAGAUGAGUUGAUGGAGUCGGAAACGAACCUUUGGCGUAUGAUGCAGGCGGCAAUGUAUCCGGACGAGGUUGCAGGAGUGCUACGCGUAAACGGCCGCAUCGGAGCGGCACCUUAUGUAACGUACGAUUUUAAGUUUCCAAUCAUCCUCCCCCGGUACCACCGUGGUACCGCCCUUCUCCUGGACUGGUAUCAUCGAAAAUACCUUCACGUUAAUCGCGAAACGGUUGUGAACGAGGUACGGCAGCGAUUCCACGUGUCGAACCUACGAACGGUAGUGCGAAAGAUGGCCAAAGAGUGCCAGACCUGUAGGAUCAAGAAUACAUUUCCAACAAUGCCGAAGAUGGCUCCGUUACCGGAGGCAAGGCUGACUUUAUUUGUUCGUCCGUUCACAUACGUCGGGCUUGACUAUUUCGGGUCAUUGCAGAUCAAAGUCGGCCGCAGUGUAGCGAAGCGAUGGGUAGCCUUGUUUACUUGUUUGACGGUUAGAGCUGUGCAUCUGGAGGUCGCCCACUCACUAUCGACGGAAGCUUGCAAAAUGGCGAUUCGUCGGUUUGUCGCGAGACGAGGAGCACCUCUUGAAAUAUACUCGGACAAUGGCACGAAUUUUCAAGGUGCUAGUCGUGAUCUGUUAGACGAGAUCAGGAAUAUGGAACAGGAACUAGCUGAUACCUUCACGGAUGCGCACACGAAUUGGAUCUUCAACCCACCGUCAGCUCCGCAUUUCGGCGGGGUUUGGGAGCGUCUCGUACGUUCAGUUAAAGUGGCAUUAGGAUCGCUAACCACAUUGCGGAACCCGGAUGACGAAACCCUGCUCACCAUUUUGGCCGAAGCGGAGUCCAUCGUCAACUCGAGACCUUUGACGUACUUGCCGCUCGAGUCUGCCGUUCAGGAAGCCCUCACUCCUAACCACUUCCUACUCCUGAGCUCAAAUGGUGUUGUACGAGGUCCAAAACCACUGAAGGAGGCCGAGAAGGUAUAUCGUAACAAUUGGGAUCACACAAGGCAGUUCGUCGAUCACUUCUGGAGACGUUGGAUAGCCGAGUACAUGCCAACGAUCGCGAAACGUACGAAAUGGCAUCGAGAAACAAAGGCACCAGUUGUAGGAGACCUGGUGGUUGUACUUAACGAGAAGCAACGUAAUGGGUGGAUUAGAGGACGUAUCGUCUCGUUAGUGAAAGGGAAGGAGUGA